UGGCCAGCUCGGCCAUCACCUCGUUCAUUUGGCCGCACUGAGGAGCCCAUGCCGCCUGGAAGUGAACCACCGUUAGUCGUUUGCCGGCUUUGGCGAGGAAAUCCUCAAAGUCCGACUGAGUCUUCGCCUCUACGAGGUUCGCCAUUUUCCUUAAAGUAUAACGUCCGGUGUCGGUGUUACGUCACUUCCUUGUAGCCCGGCAACUCCUAGCAAGUGCUAAAGACGCUAGCCGGAAGUCGUUUGGAAUCUGAUGAGAAGCAACGCAAGCCCACACUGGAUUAGUGGAAAUAAUAGAGUCGUCGUUAAGAAACAGGAAUACCAUGGAAGAACAAAGUGCAGACAUAGACGUGACUGUUAAAACAUUAGACUCUCAAAGCAGAACGUACACCGUCAGUGCUCAGCUGACUGUAAAAGAGUUCAAGGAGCACAUUGCGUCUUCUGUGGGAAUCCCUGUUGACAAACAGAGGCUCAUCUACCAGGGCAGAGUCUUACAGGAUGAAAGGACGCUGGCAGACUACAAUGUAGGUGGCAAGGUGAUUCAUCUCGUGGAGCGUGCACCCCCUCCGCCCUCCCAGCCCGGCUCCGGGUCAGGAGGCGGAUCAGCCGACAGCGGGGCCUCAUCCUCGUCCCACGAUACUUCCCAAGUAACUCCGCAUGAUCGCAAUGCCAACAGUUAUGUCAUGCUUGGCACCUUCAACCUCCCGGUCAACAUCAUGGACCCCCAACAAAUACAGAUGUCAGUUCAGCAGAUGAUGUCCAACAUGGGGGACAAUGCAAGAAAUGCCAGGGUCACAACCAGCACCGGGAGCAACGGGUCGGUGAAUGUGCACAUCGACAUGGAUCAGCAGGUGCAGAGUGAACCUCGGCUGCGGCUGGUGCUGGCUGAGAACAUGUUGAGGGACAUCAAUGAUUUGAUUGAAAGAAUGGAGGGUGGAACGGCCGACACAUCCACUCAAACGGACACGACUUCCUCUGCGGCCGCACCUCCUCCCUUGUCUUCAUCCACUACCUCCACCCCCUCUCCCUCCGCUCAGCCCAUGGACACCUCCCCUCCUCCUACAACACCCCCACCUCCACCCACCUCUUCAGCAACAACUGAGGGGCCGACGCCCCAACCUGGACCCAAUCACCCGAGUCCAACUGAGCUGGCAGAGAUGUUGUCUGAACUACGGAGGGUGGAGGAGAGGCUGCAGCCUUUCAUCCAACGAGCUCACACCAUUCUGGAGACAGCCACCACUGCAGAAUACAACAACAAUACAGAAAGAGAGGAUGAUCAGCAGACCCUUGUCCUCACAUGGGAGUGUCUCCGUCUCCUUGGCAACGCCCUUGUGGCCCUCAGUGACCUGCGCUUAAAUCUCAUGAGCCCUGUGCCCCGCCACCUCCACGUGGUGCGGCCAAUCUCCCACUACGCUGUUCCCGUUUCAAUGCCCGGUGCUGUGCACCGCCACAUCCCAGUGCAUAUGAACCUGGGUGCCACAAUGACAGCAAAUGGCACGGAGGGACCGGCCCCGCCCACCCAGCCAGCCAGCCAGUUCGAGCAGGCAGGUCAGGGACAGACCUCCCCCUCACAGACUUCCCCGUCCAAUCAGCAGGCUGGACAGGGACAGGCUGGCCCCCGGGUCAUCAGGAUCAGCCACCAGGCAGUCCCGGUGGUCAUGAUGCAGAUGAACACGGACGGCACAAGUGCAAACCCUGCAGCUGGUCACCAGGUGCCCGGCCAGCCAGGUGGUCUACCCCCAGACUUUAUGAGGAAUCUCAUGCAACAGAUCAGCCAGUACGCCACCGCCGCCGCCACCGCUGCUGCCACCGCUGCUGCCACUGGCCAACCAAUCCCGCCACAGCCCACCCCUCCUGGCUACAGCUCCACGGCUAACUCCUCAGCCACCACCACGGGUCCUAACACCCCUACCACCACACCUACUGCACCCCCACCGCCUCCUCACGCUGGCCCGCAGCCUCAGGCCAGGGUUGUGUUCACCCGGCCACCAUUUGCACCCAACAUCCCUCUUCCAGCUUUUGGCACCCGAGGAACUACCAUCAAUGUGAGGGCUGCCAUGCCCGGCCAGCAGUCAGGACAGGCUUUCAAUGCUGCUGCGGUCAACCAGAUGAUUAGCGCGCUGGUUGGUCAGCUCCUGCUGCCAGGACAAAUGGCACCUCAGACAGCCAACACUUCCUCAUCCACCUCCACGUCGUCCUCCACUUCCUCUUCUGCGUCCUCUUUUACCUCUCAAACAUCUUCCUCCUCCUUCUCCUUCUCCACCUCAAGUGGAGAAGCAAACACAGCCAGUCCACCGAGUCAGCCCGAGAACACCUCCAGCGAGCCUCAGCCUCAGGAGAUGCACGCGGACCUCAGCCAGAUGUUGGGCUCCCUGCUGGGGGCUGCUGGAGAGGCCACGCUGGGUACUGCGGGGGGCCCCUCCAUCACUGUCACCACCUCAGGUCUUCCGAACCUCAUGCAGGGCUUCAUGCAGCAGGCCUCCCAGCCCAUCUUCUCCCCGCCGCCUCCUCCCCCCUCCAGUGCCACUGCUGCUCCUAGCGCAGGAGUCAACCCGACUUCCAACCCUUCUUCUGCAGGAGCAUCCGAAGCUCUCAACCCAGAGCUAUUCACCGGCAUCGUCCGCGGUGUCCUGAGCAGCAUGAUGGGCUCUCUGGGCCAAGCGCAGAACGACACGGAGAGCAUCGCGCAAUUCAUGCAGAGGCUCUCACAGACCACCAACAUUUUCAUCAGUCCAGAGGAGCCGACUGGCUUCUUUGGCGAGCUGCUAAUGCUGGUGUGCCAGACGUUCACCAUGUCGGACCUGGUGAUUCUGCUGCAUGGGCAGCACCAGCCGCUGGGCCGCAUCCAGCCACAACUUUCCCAGUUCUUCACCCAGAACUACCUCAACGGCAGAGAGCCCACAGAUGCAAACAUCGCUGCCGCUGCUGACGUCAUUGUGCAAGAACUGGAGGAAUACAUCACAGAAAGCUUUCGGGAAUCUUCUGUCACCGUGCUGGAGGGCGUGGAUGCCACCCAGACUAACAUGUCCUUCUUCAGACAACAGCUGAUGCACAUCGCCACACACAUUCUACGUUGUACAGAUGAUUCGUUUGGGCUUCGCCUGCUUCAAAUGUGCAACCAGGCACUGUUUGAGUGUCUCGCACUCAAUCUGCACUGCCUGAGAGGAGACCAGCGAGCUCUGACUGCUGUCAUCAACCACCGGAUUCGGAGGAUGUCAAGUGACAUCAGCCCCAGUCUUGUCAACUGGAUGACCAGUAUGAUGACCAUGCGGCUGCAGUUCAUUCUAGAACACCUCCCCAUCACACAGGAGCAGAUCCAAAACUACAUUGUUUACACACAGAGGGAUCAGCCGACUGCAAGUGACACACAAGAGCCCGAGCGAACACAAAGUGCGACGAUCAGUGACACUCACUCACCUGCCGCGGCCACCACAGCGGAAGAGGCCAUGUCGGUGUCACGCGACACCAGGGCGUCGUCACGGGAGACGAGAACGCUGCCCGUAGACUUGGGUGCCACAGGGGGAGCUACGCCCUUAGCGCCCAUGACGGCAGUGGGAGCUGAGGGAGUCAGCGACGACUCCGCUGGAGAGUCCGAGGCCUGGGCAGCCACCGUUCCUCCUGAGUGGGUUCCCAUCAUCAGGUGCGACAUGCUCACGCAGAGGAAGAUGAAGGCGCAGCCGCCGCUGUCUGACGCCUAUUUGCACGGUAUGCCUGCGAAACGCAGGAAGACGGGACAGGGGGGCGGAAGCCUGGCCUCCCUCUCAGACGCCGUGAGCCAAGCGGCCAGGGCGGCCGGUGUGAGGCCCAUGACGUCUGGCGAGCGUUUGCAGGAAGAGCUGGACACCGAGGAGCUGAAGGAGGCUUAUUCAGAGCAGGUCAAAGCAGACAUCAAAAAACGAGUGCGUGAUGACCCAGACUUCAGCCCGCAGCAGUUCCCGGACACGCACAGAGCCUUCUUGUCCGACUCGUAGUCAACUCUCUCUUCAAACUCAGACCCUCCUCUCCUCUUCUUUCCACUAAGUACAGCUUGGCACCCCCACCCCCAGUGCUAAUUGCAGGAUGCUAAUGCGGCAACGUCCCCUAGUGCCUAUUUAUUGCUUUGCUCCAGCUUUCUCUCUUGUCCUGAGAAGAUUUGACUGAAGAUGGUGACUUUUGUUUGUGUGUGUGUGCGUGCACAUUUCUUUCGCCUCCCUUGCUUUCUCACAUUUGAACCAUCCUCUAACAGUCUUCCUGUCUGGAGUGCACGCGCCAACUUUCAUGUGACGAACAUGCUGUUUCGUACAUGAAUGUACAGUAAAGCUUAAUAAACGUUUGAUUUAAGAUUUUAAAAAAGUACUUACUGUAGUUUUAAAAUCGCUGUUAUUAUUAAACUAUUAAAUUAGAGCUUACAGCAGUAUCUGAUCAUAUAGGUGCCAUAAAACAUACCCAGUGGUAGCAUUUGACCACCAGAAAGCGCUCAUGGUAUUCCUUUUUCUUUACACGUGUGUGUGUGUGUGUGUGUGUGUGU